GGCGCGGCCUGCCCCGCGCGGAGGAGGGCCGGGCCGGGCCGGGCCGGGCCGAGCCGAGGAGGCGCCGCCGUCGUCGCAGCCCCAUGCCCCGGAGGAAGGCGGUGCCGGCGCUCGGCAGCCUCUGCCUGCGGAGCCUCGCCCGGGACAUGCAGAGCGUGUGGGCGAGGGACUACAGCGAGAACUACCUGGGCGCGUACCGCUUCCGGCACGUCGUGGGGCCCUUCAGCGACCUGGCCCCCGGCCUGGUGCAGGACCUGAUCCGGCUCCUGGGCGAGAGCCGGCGCCUGACGCGGGCCGCGCUCCACCUGCUCCUGGUGCCUCAGCUCCAGGAGCUGAGCCUGCGCUCCUGCUCCGGCCUCGCCAGCAACGCCAUCGGGCAGCUCGUCGCCGAGCGCUGCAAGAGCCUGAGCUCUCUGGACCUGCACGGCUGCAGCCGGCUCUCGGCGGACGUGCUGGUGGACCUGCUGGAGGGACUGCCGCUGCUGUGCAAGCCGGGGCUGGCCAAGACGCAGGCCAACGUGCAGGUGCUCUCGGCCGUGGGCUCCUGCUGCAGGCGCCUGCAGGAGCUGGAUGUGUCCCACUGCAAGAAGGUGUCUCCGCGUGCCCUGCUGCACCUGGCCUACGACCCGCUCGCAGGCGCCCUGUGCUGCCCGGCGCUCCGCGUCCUCCUGGCCCACGGCCUCGAGGCCCCGGCGGGCGGUGACGUGGCCGCGGCCCUGGCCUUCCUGCUGCUGGCCCUGCCUCACCUGGAGUUCCUGGCCCACGGCGCUGUCCCGGACGCCCUGUGCCUCAUCCAUACGCAGCAGCUCGAUGGCGUGGGGAAUGCCGCCCCGGGCUUCCCCUCGCUGCGGGAGCUGGCGCAGCGGCGGGGGGCGGCAGCGGACAGGCCCUGGCUCACGCUGCCCUUGCGGCGCGUAGAGGAGGUGACCGAGCCCUUCCUCGCCACGCUCUGCGCCGUGUGCCCGGACGCCGAGGACGUCGGCGUGUGGCUGGGUGACGGCCCCGCCGCCGGCUGGGACGGGCUGUGCUGGAGCCGCCUGGCCCACCUCACCCUCACCUGCACGGGGCGGCGGGGCUGGCCGCUGGUGCGGGUGCUGCCGCUGGCGCGGAGCCUGGGGCCGCGGCUGAACACCCUCGCCCUCCACGGCUUCUGCUGCGAGGACGAGCUCUCCCUCGGCGCCCUGCUCAGCAGCUGCCCCCACCUGCGGGCCUUCAGCACCGACCUGCACCCGCCGCCCAGGCCGCCAGCUGCCGGCCCCGACGGAGACCCUCCUGUCGAGCUGCUCCACUGGGACACCGACCUGCUCCCCAACACCUUCCCCCAGCUCCGGCGCUUCUCCCUGGCCCUGGCCGGUGCCUCCAGCCCCUUCCCGGCCCAGCACAGCCUGGUGCUGCGGGCCACGCUGGCCUCGCUGCUGUGCCGCUCCCCGCAGCUGCAGAGCCUGAGCCUCCUCUGCGUCCCUUUCUCCCUGGACACUGUGUUCGAGGCGGUGCUGAUGGCUCCCGGGCCGCCCCUGCUCGAGCUGCAGGAGCUCUCCCUGGCCGAGAGCCAGGUGUCCAGCCGGAUUGUGUGGCUGCUGCUGGCUGCAGACAGCUGCCUGCGCUCCCUGGACCUAUCCCACUGCCGGGACAUCCACCGGCGGGACUACGACCGCUUCCUGCAGGCUGUGCAGAAGCAGCAGCUGGAUCUGGACAUCACCUGGGAAUAGCUGUGCGUCCCAGUACUGCCUCAGAGCUCGGGCUGGUCUCACAGAGCGAUUUAAUAAAGCAUUUUGCACCA